GGAUGAGGUCAGGACCGGAGGAACCCGGACGAGGCGGAGUGCGGUAGGCUACAGACGCCUGGGGGGCGGAGCCAUUGGGACCUGAGUCCGUGAGGGCGGCACAGGGUCGAGUACAGGGUUUAGUUCUGCACGGAACACGCUAGGGACUGGCUCGGAAGGCAGGGGGCGGGGUGGAGGCGUGGCCCUGGUGCGGAGACUCCGCACUCUGUCUGCGCAGGCUCAGUGUGCGUGACGCUGGGCAGUCUGUUACGCUGGGCGGCUAACAUGGCUGCCUCCAGGUGGUUGCGCGCUGUUCUACUGUUUCUGUGUGCCUCGGACCUUCUGCUCCUCUCUCCUCCUGAAGCCUACGCGGCGGAUACUCCCGGCGAGGCCACCCCGCCUCCACGGAAAAAGAAAGACAUCCGCGAUUACAACGAUGCCGACAUGGCGCGACUUCUGGAGCAAUGGGAGAAAGAUGAUGACAUAGAAGAAGGAGACCUUCCAGAACACAAGAGACCCUCGGCACCUAUCGACUUCUCAAAGCUAGACCCAGGGAAACCUGAGAGCAUCUUGAAAAUGACAAAGAAAGGGAAGACUCUGAUGAUGUUUGUCACCAUCUCAGGGAACCCCACUGAGAAGGAGACAGAGGAAAUCACCAGCCUGUGGCAGGGUAGCCUGUUCAAUGCCAACUAUGAUGUUCAGAGGUUCAUCGUGGGAAACGACCGUGCUAUCUUCAUGCUCCGGGAUGGGAGCUAUGCCUGGGAGAUCAAGGACUUUUUGGUCAAUCAAGACAGGUGUGCUGAAGUCACUCUAGAGGGACAGAUGUACCCUGGCAAAGGGGGAGGAAGCAAGGAAAAAAACAAAACAAAGCCAGAGAAGGGUAAAAAGAAGGAGGGAGAUCCCAAACCACGGGCUUCCAAGGAAGACAAUCGAGCUGGGAGCAGAAGAGAAGACCUCUAGCAGGUGGCAAGCUUCCCGUUGGGUAGGCAGGACCAGAUAGCCCCUUGCAGACUGUUGGGGCAGAUGGGUGCAGGAAACUGCAUAACAGAUGACAUUCUCAUGUCCUUUAGAAAGAGUCUGUGUGUGACCCUCUGGUCAGUAUCACAGUUACUGUAUAAAAGGCUUCACAUGUGGAGGCAGGAUUUGUGAUUGGUAGUGGACUGGCAAGUCAUGCUUCCUGUGGCAUCACCUGACUUGGAAACUUGAUAGAUGUUUUGUACCUCUUACAUCUUGUGUGUCCUUGACACCCGCAGAGUACCACUCCCUCUUCACCUGUUGUGUCUGUGUGUUACAAGCUCAAGUCAAACUAGCCUUGAGAACCUUUGGCUUGACUGAAGCAGGCAUUGAUUGUUCAGUGAGUGAAGAUACGUGUGCUGCUGUAUGGGCAGUGCUGCACGCCCAGCAUCUGGACAGCCAACUAUGCAAAACGUGCAGAUUCACGAGGCAGUGCCAUCCAGAAGUCCUAAGGAGUCAUUUCACAUGGCUCACGUCCUCGUCAGUUCAGGGGACCCUUUAUCUCCCAGUCUGCCUGUGGUUGUAGAGGGAGUGCUGUUGUGCCUCAUGUGAGGAAGGAAGGGAGCUGCAGCUGAGGGCUCAUGGUCUGCAUAGUCCAACAACUAUAAAGUUGGUGAGAGGGACCAGCAGAGUCUUCCGUAGGAGUGGACUCUCAUCUACAGUAUUUCUAAGUGGUUUUCUUUGGAAAAGUGCCUAAACUUGUGCUUCUGUAUGGCACUCUCAUGAUGUGCUACUGUUCACAUCUGGUUUUGCUGUUCAUAAGUUGAAGCUUAUCUAAAAGAACAUUUCUAUGAGGAUGCCAUUUUUAAGAACUUACAUUCUUUAAACCUCAGUUGUGGUUUUAAAUUCAAAAUAGUACAUGCAUACAUACCCGGCUAGGAAGUGUCACUGUUAGAGUGUCACAGUGUGAAUAAUUGCCCUGCCCUGCUGCCAGUACUUUGUCCCAGUGAAGCUACUGUUGAUCGUUGGUUUUUCAAAAAUAAAGUAUGUUUACCGGCUUCCA